AUGUACCAGGACAGGGUUGAGAACUAUAAGGUGGUACUGAGGAAACACAGAGAGCAGUAUCACCAGCAUCCCCUGGCCCAGAAGCUCCUGAAGAUCCAGGCGGAGAACGAGGAGAUCGAGAGGAGAAUCAGGGCCUGCGAAGAGCAGAUAGUAGCUGGAGAGAAAGAGCGACUACAGGGUGCAGCAAUCAAAACAGUCCCUCAAGAUAAUCCAGAGGACAGUGUGUCAAUAGGAGAUAUAGAGCUUCAGUUCGUCGAUCAGGGUGAGCCAUCAGUGGAUAUGAAGGAUCCGCUUUCACAGAGCGCUGGCUAUGAUCCCCAGGAUGAGGGUACUGGGUUGGGUGAGGAGAGGAUGGAGGAAAUGGCCUCGGGACACCCAGACGGUGGCCGGAGCAGAGCUGCAGUCUCAGCCCCCCCAGCAGGGGCAAACCCAGGUGGAGGAGGCCCCAUGUGGACCAGCCCAGGAACCAGAGCAGCUCAAAGGGAGGCAGCGGACCAGGCUCAGCUGGGGGAAAUGGAUCAGGACGAAAGCUUUAACUUGUCCGGCCUGGCAGAGGAGAUGGAUAAUGAGUUUGAGGGGGUGACAGUGGAGAGUCAGAACCCCCCCACCGCCACCAGCGCUGCUGCUGCCGGGGGGGCCUCUGAGGUGGAGUAUGCAGGGGACAGCACAGUCUCUCCCCACACCCCGCCCUCCAGGAUGAAGGCAGCAUCUUCCCACACCCCGCCCUCCAGGAUGAAGGCAGCAUCUUCCCACACCCCGCCCUCCAGGAUGAAGGCAGCUCCGGCCACGCCGACCUUCUCACUCGCUAGCCCCACCUGUCCUCUGGGUGGCAGUGACAGCUCCGAUGGGAAGUCCCCCGGCUUCGUGUUCUCCAUGACCUCUGACCCCUCAACUCCAGCCUUCUCUGGGUUUGGCUUUGAUAUGGGCUCCACUGCACGAGAGGAGGAAACCCCAUUCACAUUCACAAGUGAAUAUUUCAGCGACAAGAAAUCUGAAGCAAAGUUCUCAGGGUUUCCAUUUGACCAGUCCGAGAGCAGAUCUGAGGAGGACUUUCCGUUCUCCUUCUCGUCCAAGAGCCCCAUGCAGGAACCCACCUCCGAGGACAAGACGGGGGCUGGAGACGGCUUCCCUUUCUCUUUCAACUUUGGAAAGUUCUAGAAAGCAGGGGGUUGAUCGUCAAUAGCUGUAGCAUCAGAGAAAAUAUUAUUAUAAAUGUUUUUAUAAGUUAUGCAGAAGAAGAACCUCCUCAAAUUGAGUCAAAUAGGGUUAGGGUGUGCUUCAAGAUUCACUUGUUUGGAUUCUCUCUAACUUAGAGGUUUGGACGUGGUAACCGAGAUCAGUAGUGUGAGGUCCAGUUCACAGGACGGUGCGACAGUUUAGUUACACAAAAGAAUACAAUAUACAGUCAAAUACAAGUAUGAAUUUCCAAGGUUGAAAAAUGUUCUUUUUAUCCAAAGUCCAAGUGUAAAGCCUUGGGCUGUGAUGCUUUUAGUGUCUGUUCUCUUUGUCAUUAAGAGCAGUUAGAAAAGGCAGAAAAUGUGUUCUUUUAAAGUUGAACAUAUCGGAGGGUAAACAUUUGUUCCUGUUGUUGGCCCAGUUUAGUUGAACAGGCCAAAAAUGUAAUACUGCACUUGUAUAUUAUUUAUUGGAAUAAGCAAGUCUGGAUGUAUGUCAGUGGUCAAU